AUGUCAUUUGCCGAUUUGGUUGAAAUCGCAUAUGAAGAUUUUGGGUUGGAUCAACAUCUUUAUGAGCUUCAGUUCAGCUAUAUGUUGUCGUCUGAAGUCCGGCGGAAAUUACCUCUGGAUACACCUCCUGUGUUUGUUGGUAAUUCAAGACAGCUGCAGAGUUUUUUGCAUCAAUUCCAGAACGAAAACGAAACGGUUCGUUUAUGUGUUGAGAUCAAAGAAAAAGUUCAGAAGGGAGUUGUUGAUGAAAACGAAGAUCGAGAUGCAUGUCCUAGUCUAGUCCCUGAAGAACAAGUGCGCCAAGAUCGUCCGCAAGAAGGUGUCGAAGUUGGACAAGACGAAGAAAUGCAUGAUGAAGAAGAGGAUUUGUCAACCAGGUUUGAUGGAUGUGAAGAUCCUGAUGGUGCAAGUUCCGAUGACGAAGAGUACGGAAGACGUGAGAAACGUCCAGAUGAUGGUUGCAAAUGGAGGGUUCGCGCUUCAACUGUUGGGAGCAGCAAAUGUUUUUGGGUUAAAACUUAUACUCGAGAACACACGUGUUCUGUGACUGUGCGAUCACAACGCACCCGCCAUGCAACCCAUGAGGUUCUAGGCCAUCUAUAUAAGGACUUCGUCGGCGGUGUUGGCCCAAAAGUCUUACCAAAUCACGUCGCCGAAGCUCUGACCAAACGAUAUAGUAUAAAGGUUGACUAUUGGAAAGCACAUCGGGCCCUAAAGUAUGCUCGAGAACUAGUAUCAGGGACGUCUGAAAGUGGUUAUGAAGAUCUGCCUUCAUACUUAUAUAUGAUUCGGCGAGCAAAUCCGGGUACACUAAUCAAGCUAGAAGUUGAUGAGGAAGAUAGAUUCAAAUUUAUGUUCCUCUCAUUUGGCGCAAGCAUACAGGGGUUUCCCUUCAUGAGGAAAGUGGUAGUGGUCGACGGUACGUUUUUACAUGGAAAAUACAAAGGUACCCUACUACUCGCCACCACGCAAGAUGGAAACUUCAACAUUUUUCCCGUAGCCUUUGCUGUUGUUGAUACUGAGAACGAUGAGUCUUGGGAAUGGUUUUUUACACAACUACACCGUGUUAUUCCUGAUGAUGAAGGACUUGCCAUUAUUUCUGAUAGGCAUAAAUCCAUAGGAAAUGCUAUAGGGAAGGUUUAUCCUCUUGCUAGUCGGGGUAUUUGUACAUAUCAUCUCCAUAAGAACAUUAUGGUGAAAUUCAGAGGCGCUGAAACAUUCAAGCUUGUUAAGAAGGCUGCCACUGCUUAUAGACUUCUCGAGUUCAAUGCCCUUUUUGCUCAGAUUCAAGAGGCAAAUCCUGCACUGCAUGCAUACUUGGUGAAGGCAGAUAUUUGUAUGUGGAGUCGUGUACACUUCCAAGGUGAUAGGUACAAUUUCACCACUAGCAACAUAGCGGAGUCAUUAAACAAGGUGCUAUCUGCUGCAAGAGGUAAGCCUAUCGUACGACUAGUGGAUGAUAUAAGGAGUCUCCUGACCAGGUGGUUUGCUAAAAGACGUGUGAAUGCCAAUAACAUGGCUACCACUCUAACAACGGGCGUUCUGCUGCAAGAGGCUAGAGUUGAAGAUGCUAAACUCUUACCUGUGCAAGAGAUUGAUCAGCAUCGUGCAGAGGUUUUAGGCACAACAUCUGCACAUGUUGUCAAUUUAACGGAGAAAACAUGUACUUGUCGACGGUUUGAUUUGGAUAAAAUUCCUUGCGUACAUGCCAUAGCCGCCGCCGAUAGGAGGAAGUUGUCGCCGAUCUCUCUUUGCCAUCAUUACUACCACACUAGUUACUUGCAACAAGCGUAUGCUGUUAGUGUGAUGCCAAGAGACGUAGCACUCCCUGUGCCAGAUGAAGUAGCAACCAAAAUUUGUCUCCCGCCUGAUGUUCGCAACCGACCCGGCAGACCAAAGAAAAUUCGGAUUAAGGGUGCGUUCGAGGCCGCCAUGGCGAGUAAACGUCCUCGGAAGAUCCCCAAAUGUGGUAACUGGGGCCAAGGCGGACAUAAUCGCCUAACUUGUCGAGCUUAG